AUGGCUUUUGAAAGACGAGCAAAAAAUAAGCGUCAUAACCCAGUGGAAAGCAUUUGUAGGAAGAUCCAGACUAUACAGAAGAGGGACCAGUCUUCACAUCCUACAGUUCAGAUGGUCAGAUUUCAUUCUAGGAAUUUUGAUAAUAUUUACACUAACACAGUGGAAAUUUUUGAAGAAACACUGAAUAAGAUGAAUGCUGGAUAUUCUUGUGAACCAGAAGCUUACUUCUCAGAUCUUGAGAAAGUUGAUGAUUCUGAUCUUCAACCUUUGUCUUCUACCACUCAAUAUACCUCUCAUCUCAACUCUCCUGAAAAGGCAACACAUUCUUUCAUUCUCCAAAGACCAGAAUGGAAACUAGGAACCUAUGUUGAUAAAGGAAAUAUGAUCCAAAAUGUUAGCCAGAUCUGUGAAGAACUACUAACAAGUAUUUUUUAUGAUUGUGCUAAAAAACAAAGAGGCAAAGUAGCUGUUUCUAAAAUAAUGGAUUAUUUGAGACCUAUAACUAACUGGGACUGUGAAGACAAUGACCUUGAAAAGCUGUGGACAAUGUUUGACCCUGAAAAGAGAGAUCUGUUUGUGGAUUUGGAGACUUAUCAUGCCGUUAUGAAAGAAUGGAUAGCAGAUUGUAGAAACAGAUGGGGAAGAGAGAAGAACGAAAUGAGUUCUGCGGAAGAUUCUGUCUAUAAAGCUUGGCGUAGUCAGAAGUCAGUUAAGAUGACCUCAAAUUCAGUGACUGUCACAUCAGGGAGCUUUGAGUCUUUUGGUGGAGAUACAUGUAAAGAUGAUUUAGAGACCUCUGACUUGAUUACAUGUGUGGCAGACCUGCAGUUUAACAAACAAAAACUCCAAGAGGAAAACACCAAAUUUAAGCUGGCAUUGGAAGCUCUAGAGGAAGCCAACAACCAGUUAACAGAAGACUGUUAUGAAUUGCACAACCAAAUGAAAAGUGCCCAACAGUCUAUUAAGAGAACAAAUCUUUUAAAAGAAGAACUGGAGGAACUGAAAAUUAACUUGAAUGUCUCAGAAGAGGAGAAAACCAAAAUAGUAACUCAGAAUAAACAGUUAGAAAAAGAAAAUCAGGCCCUGAUUCUUAAGAUCCAGAAUCUUCAAGAGGAGAAUAAAAGGAAUGUCAUGGAUAUAGAUAGAUUGGAAAGGAAGAUUGAAGAAUUGACUAAAAGUGAGAUUGAACACCAAAUGAAACUACAUAUGUGUGAGAAUGCUUUGCUUAAUAAAGAUGCAAGUCUGCAUAAGAAAGAUUUACACAUGGAAGAUCUUAAGUCAGUCCUUGUGGAAUACAGCACAGCCAUAGAGAAUUUACGAGGGGAGAAAAAUCAGCUGGUGCGUGAGUUGCAGCAAUCAAAACAGGAGCUUCUAUUAAAUGGAUUCCACUGGCAUGUCAAUGGGCAGCUUUACAGGGGCAUUCCUGAAGGCCAGAAAUCAUUGCACUCUGAACUUAUACUUGUUCAGUCUACAGAGGUCAGUGGAUCAGAAUGGUUAUACAGUUCAAUCAACUCACCAUCUCUGGAUGACAUAAUGGACAAAGAGAAGAUGGUGUUGCUGAGAAAACCCCAACAAACAGGAACAGAAUUUACUGCUACCCUUCAGAAAUUGCAAGAAGAAGUCUCUGAAAUUGAAACGCUUAUUGCUGCUUCUCUUCAGUGGGUAACUGACCCAGAAAUAAAUGUGAAGGAAAAAUGGGAAGACAAGCUUACAGAUCUCAGACAUGACCUAGAAACAAAGCUAAAUCUCUGCAUUCUAAAACUGAGCCUCUUGGGAAACUACAAAGAAUCUCUUGAUGAACAGUUUCUUAAAGUGGUAGGGAAUCUGAAGAGAUCCGAGCACAAAUAUCACCAUGUCAAGAAAGAAUUGCAUUUCAGAGAGAAACAGUUAGAAGCCAUUAAAAGGUCACAAGAAGAUGCAGUAAACGAGGGAGACACAUUUAGGAAGCAGCUCCAAGAAGCCAUCAAACAAGUGGAGAAUGCUGAGCGGCAGGCUAAGGAUCAAGAACAGGCCCUCCAUGCUGCCAAGGAAAAAGCUGAGUCUUUGCAGCACAAGUUGGAGGAAGCUGUUUCUGAAGGGCAAGAUUUCCAAGCAUUAAAUAGCACCUCAUCAAAUGCUUGCCAGAUACUUGGACAGAAGACAAGAAAACUGAAACAUGCCUUACAACUAGACAGCUUAACAAAGACAUCAAGGCUGAAUAAAGCAAAUCUCUCAUGUAUAUCAAACGGAGUCCAUUUUUCAUCUGAAAGAUCAGACUAUGGAGAAGUGAAAGAUGAGUCUGCUUUGGACAUAACACUCAAAGGACACAAGUGCUCAGUCAUCUCAGUUGGUGUCCAGACAAUUGCAUAUUUUCUUGUUUCCACCACAAUGGACGAUCUAUGUGUGAAGGAGAGCGUGGUUCAUCAGUUACCACCUGAUGAUUUACUGCAGGCCAGUGAGUAUCCUACAGCACUCCCUGGACGCACUUCUUCCAUGAACAAUCCGGUACCCUCCAGUGAUUCAAGCUCUGGAUUUUUGACUACGGCCUCUGAUCAUCUUGAUUCCAUAUUGCAGUAUGAAAAAGAGGAAACAGCACCAUCAGCUUCUAUAAUGAUAGAAAACCAAGGUAAAAAUUUAGCUAAUGAAGAUGUUCCAUUUCACAUCUCUAAGGAUGAAAAGAAAACCACAUUAAAUUUGCAAACCAAAGAAGGACCUGAAGCAGUUAUGGAGUGUAAAGAAGAAUAUGCCAUUGGAGGAGAAACUGCUGCUUCUGCUAUUCCGGUAACCAGUGUUAAAUCAGUCAGCUUUAGACAAAGUGACCACAGCAUUUCUACAAAUGAAAAAGAGGUAGAGGCCGAAUUUCUUAGAUUAUCUUUGGGAUUUAAAUGUGAUUGGUUUACCUUGGAGAAAAGAGUCAAGCUUGAAGAGAGGUCUCGGGAUCUGGCUGAAGAGAAUCUAAAGAAAGAGAUCACUAACUGUUUAAAGUUAUUAAAGUCUUUAAUAACUCUCUGUGAAGAUGAUAACCAAGCCCAAGAAAUCAUUAAGAAGCUGGAGAAGAGUUUAAAGUUCCUUAACCAGUGCACAAUGAGAGUUGCUAGCAAGGCAGAGAUGCUGGGAGCCAUUAAUCAGGAAAGCCGAGUCAGUAAAGCAGUGGAAGUAAUGAUUCAGCAUGUUGAAAACUUGAAGCGAAUGUAUGCCAAAGAACAUGCGGAAUUAGAAGAGCUGAAACGAGCCCUCCUUCAGAAUGAAAGGCCUUUUAGCACCCUUGAAAAUGAAGAUGACACUCAAACUAAAAAGCGUUCAGCAUCUCUAAAUUCUAAGCCAUCUUCUCUUCGAAGAGUCAGCAUUGCAACCUUGCCCAGGAAUUUUGGAAAUACAGGACUGAUGUCAGGAAUUGAAAAAAACGACCGCUUCAGUAGGAGGUCAAGUAGUUGGCGUACUUUGGGAUCAAAGCAAAGUGAACAUCGUCCAUCACUUCAGCACUUCAGUAGUACGUAUUCUUGGGCUGAUGAUGAAGGAGAGAAAUGUGAUUCAAAAGAUAAAGAAGAAUCAGAACCACCUGCUGAAGAAAUUUCAGAGGAAACAAGAAAGCUAAGCCUUUCUGAAAAGAAGAAAAAUCAAUCCAGAUGGGAUGUUUCUUCACUUUACGACAUGGGAACAACCUGGGCGUGUGAUCUCAAGACCUCCUUCCAAAAGACAAAUCUAACCCUCUGGAUUUCUGUCGUGUUUAUUGUACUGUUUGCAGCUUUUAUGAGUUUUCUUACAGGCCGAUUUUUCCAAUGGCCUGUAGAUGCUGCUCCUGUAGAAAAUGGGGGCUCCUGGACUUCCCUCCAACAAACUUUGUGGCCAUACACCAAACUCCAACACAAUGGGCCCCCACCAGUAUAAAUGGCAACAGCAAUCACAUGAUGAGUUUUAAAUGACCUGCAAAUUGGUCAUUUAAGUCUGGAAAGUUGCUUUACUAUUUUAGUAUAAAAAAGUGAAACAUAGAAAAACCUCCACCUUUUAAAAAUGUUACUGUCAUUCUUAUGUUCCCGAUAAUUUUCUAAAAGUAAGUUAAUGAAAUAGUGUUCACUUCUCAAACUCCAUAGGAAGUCUGAUUUUUAGUGAACCUUACGAAGAAAGUUUGUACUGUUUUAUCCACUGUGAAAUGUUAAAGAAAUAAAGAAUCAUUACAGUUUUAAUACAA